UGAAAUUGAUACAAUUUGUUUUGAUUUUCGGAUUCAGUGAAAAUUUUCACGAAAGUUGGUUGAAAAAUGGCAAAUAUUGAAGAAAUUGAAUUACUUCGACGACAAUUGACUGCUGCAAGAAACGAAAUUAAGAAUUUACGACAAGAGAUACAAUCCUUAAGUCACGUUCAACGAAAAGAAAUCGAAAAGGUCCGACAAGCUCUCAAAACUCACAAAUGUCCCACCUGCAACUCAAUUUCAAGCGUUGAACACGAAAAUAGUACAAAUUCCAACUCACCUGAUGGUGCAACCGGCAACGAUGACGACAACGACGACUCGACAAUCAAAUUCAAGCCAAUUGGAGUUAUUCGCACACAAUUCCCGGAAAAACGUUGCCUACCUCGUCAAGCAAUUCUGGGCGCCGGAUUCUUAUCAAAAAUGGAAUUCCUUCCCUCGGUCUUUACAAAUCCGGAACAUUCGAUCGAAGGAUUGUCUGAAUUCUCGCACAUUUGGCUCAUUUAUCACUUUCAUCGGAACACGUCGCAUCCCAAAGCGAAAGUUUGUCCGCCACGCUUGGAAGGAAAGCGAACCGGAGUGUUUAGUACGAGAUCGCCGCAUCGUCCCUGCCCGAUCGGCUUAAGUUUAGUCGAAUUAGAUCACAUUCAGGACAAUUGCAUUUACUUCAAAGGCACCGAUAUGGUCGAUGGCACUCCGGUUCUCGAUAUAAAGCCUUACAUUCCGCAUUACGACAAUCCCGAGUUAGUUUACGAGCCAAAUCUGAAUGACACACCGAAUAAUUUGAUGGAAAUUUGUCGUGAAGCGCCCGAUGGCGAGGAAAAUGUGAGUAAUUCGCAGCCACAAAUGCAACAACCAUCAUCGCCAGCAGUCAAAAUACCCGAUUGGAUAGCAGCUGGAACGAAAUUUAAUGUCACUUUUAGCGAAAAUGCGGUGCAGCAGGGAAGAGAGCUGUGCGUUGAUGAGCAGGCGUUGAGAAAUGUUCUGAAAAGUGAUCCGAGAUCUGUUUAUCUCAAGACGAGAUACGGUUCGGAAGUGUAUACUUUUCAAUUGGGAGAGAAUAUGGUCUCUGUUAAGUUUGACGAUACGCAAAAGAAGGCACAUGUGCUGCAAAUUAAGAAAAAUGUGAUUGAAUAAAUAAAUUGAUGGAAAUGCUUUGCAGUGU